CCUCCAAACCCCUCCCUCCCUCUCCCCCCCCCCCCCCACCCCGCGGCCCCCCCUCUCUCUCUCCGUCCGUGGAUGCCUAUAUCUCUCUCUCGAUUUCUCCGAUCGUCGCACCAUUAAACCCUUAAUUAAGCAAUACCCCGGCCCGAUUUUGCGGGUCAAGAUCGGCCAAAACCUCUUGCUUUGAAACAGGAUAAUUGAAUGAUGGAGUCUUCCAAAGAGACUGGAUGCCGAGCUCCAGAAGGCCCAAUUCUUUGCGUCAACAACUGUGGCUUCUUUGGAAGCGCUGCCACAAUGAACAUGUGCUCCAAGUGCCACAAGGAGAUGAUCAUGAAGCAAGAGCAGGCCAAACUUGCUGCUUCGUCAAUUGAGAACAUUGUGAAUGGUGGCUCAGGCAGCAAUGGAAAGGAACCUGUGGUUACAGUUGCUGAUGUACAAGCUGGACCAGUGGAUCUUAAGGUUGUUCCUACCCAAGCAUCCUGUGACUCAUCUUCAAGCCAGGGUUCAGAGUUGAAAGUGAAAGGCGGUCCAAAUCGGUGCAGUACUUGCCGCAAGCGAGUUGGUUUAACAGGUUUCAAUUGCAGGUGCGGAAAUCUGUUCUGUGCGGUUCAUCGCUAUUCUGACAAACAUGACUGUCCAUUUGAUUAUAGGACUGCUGCUCGGGAUGCCAUUGCGAAAGCUAAUCCUGUUGUGAAGGCAGAAAAGCUUGAUAAGAUAUAAGUGCAUGGAUUGAAGGUUUAUAUACUGAAAUAUGAUGCUUCCUCUUGCUAUCCAUGCGUCUUCAUAUGAGUUGGUUGCUCGCGAUGUUAGGUGUCCUUUAGUGAUGUGGUGGUUAAGGCAUGUGAAUGAGGGCACCUUUGCUGUCUAAUGAACUUUAUGCCCUUGAUUGUCAGGGAUUACUUUGGUUGCCCAGUGUGUAAGUCUUUAUUUCUCCUGGCUUGAUGACAACUUGUGGUUUAUUUGUAAUAUGUUGUGCUGGUUCUUUGCAGUUACCUAUGAUUCGCUUUCUUUA